AGUAGUGUGCGGCAGUCAGACCUCACCAGCCAAUAUGGUUGGAAAUUCAUCAAUCUCAAAGACUCGGCCUCCGCAGUGGCGCAGGAUGAAAACGCACCUCAACAUGUCACAUCUUACACGUCUGUUCGCGAUCGAUCGCAGCGAAUUUUGAAGGAUGUGAAUGAAAAGGCAUUGGUAAUUUCUGAGUCUUGGCCAAAUAUGACGGACGCCGAUUUAGACGUUAUGGAGAUCCAAAAUGUCACACGAGCCGUACUCAAGGCCCACAUCGCGAUGCUGGAAACGAAACUCGGCAGGAAUCUCAUUCGCAUUGACACAAUCGACGAAACCCAUAAUCCAGUGACCGAAGAGGAUGCUAUGGGUCUGGACGUGAUCACGCUCGAAUUGUGGGAUAACGCAAUGCCAAAGGAAGACGCCAAAGAGCCGCAGCUAUAUAUCGAGUUCAACAUGCUCUAUACCCUGCUGUGGCCCGAGGGGUUUCGAUCUGCUUCGGAGCUUGCUGUUGAACGUGUCAUUGGCGUAAUCAUUGCGCCCCAUCUCGAGCUCAAAGAUUGUGAAACUUUGUCAGGACAAUCUGCCAGGUUGUCUCUGAUCCUUGGGUGUUUUAGCUCUUUUACUUCUGCCGAUAUAUGCACAAAGAUGCUCUUCAAGCCUCCAGCCGGUACCGAUGACAAUACCCCCCAAGGAUACGACGAUUUGAGUGUUUUGCAACCUGUUAUACUUGGUGCUGAAGCGAAGCGGACACUCGGCAAACACAUUGCGGAAGAAGAGGAACUCGAUUCAACCCAACCCAAUGUCAAAACGAAUGCAAAAAGGAAGAUCACAAACAUACCAAUGCAUCGCGCCUCGGCUCAGCUGGCGUUCUUAUUCCAACCAACCCUCAAAAUUUUCAUAGGCCAUCUCUGCGAGCUAGCAGAGUCGGGUUCAGAAGAUUAUUUGAGAGAGAAGAUAGAGGGCUGGGAUUCAUUGCCUCUCGAGGCAAGGCUGAAGGCGAAAGUAGUAUGGUUCGAUUGGACUACGGUGACGAUCCCGGAAUGGAUGUUCUGCUAUGGAAUCGGAUACGACUUCGCUGGAUUUACGGUUUACAGCUUCCAUCCUGCACUCUCCAUAGAGAAUGGAAGGCCCCACUGGGAAUUUCACUGUUGCGAGAUGGUAACUGGCUUCGAUGAAGUGUUUCUGCAUUAUGAUGCGCAGGACCGUGUUCAUGCCGUGAAGACCUUACUAGCGAUGCGAAGGCACUCCCACUUCCUUGCUCAAACCCUCAGAGGUCCUAAUCAAUUACGUUACCCGGAGGAAUUCAUAAAGGUGGCGAAGGAAAUGAGCUCGGAGGAUGAAGCAAAGAAGCGGACACAGGCGGAGACAAGGAAACAGAACCGAGAGAAGAAAUCUCAGAGUGAGGGCAAAAGCCCGUCAACGAAAGCUGCGUCUUCAAAGGCCGAGGAAGUCAUUCUAAAUGAGGAGGGGAAGGAAGGUUCUUCACGAUCAAAGGGAAAGCAGGUUUCACGGUCGCGCUCCUCGAGAGAAAAUAUGAAGCUCAGAACUAUUCAAGAGGAUGAAGAGGAGGCGAAGAAGGAUUUCAACAGGAAAAUAACCAAGCGAGAUAGGGGAGGAUCUGCGGAGGGCAUUACGGGCCAGGGAGUGGGAAGGAGCAGGGGAUCUACCUCGAACCCAAGAGGGCUACAAAGCUGA